CUGAGAUGUUGGCUUUUUCUUCUGGAGUUCCCCGCGUUAUAACGAAUCGGCGUCGAAGAAUCUAAGGGCUAUUUGACAUCGCCGGUCCCACGUGCUCUCUUCCAUCCAGCGGCUGCCGCGCCCGCCGUGACCCCGACCGAUUGGCAGCGCAGCCCCCAGCCGCGUCCUGGUGUUGGAUGCUAGAGCCCGUCUUUAAGUAAGAAAUCAGGCCUCACUGGAGACAUUCAAGCAGAGGUUGGACAACUACUGUUCGAGAACAGAAAGGAAACUCAUGCAUCAGAAAAGGUGACUAAUAAACAUACCAAAAGAAUAUGGCUGCACAAAUACCAGAAUCUGAUCAGAUAAAACAGUUUAAGGAAUUUCUUGGAACCUACAAUAAACUUACGGAAACCUGCUUUUUGGACUGUGUUAAAGACUUCACAACGAGAGAAGUAAAGCCUGAAGAGACCACCUGUUCAGAACAUUGCUUACAGAAAUAUUUAAAAAUGACACAAAGAAUAUCCAUGAGAUUUCAGGAAUAUCAUAUUCAGCAAAAUGAAGCCCUGGCAGCCAAAGCAGGACUCCUUGGCCAACCACGAUAGAGAAGUCCUGGUGGAUGGACUUUUGAUGAAAGAUUGCCAAUAGCUGUUGCCCUGGAAAUGAAAAUUCAUCUGAUAGAAUUCCCUGAAAGCAGUAGCCACAGUGUAAAACCAUCUGUCCUGACUAUUUGGCAAAUGGAGACCACUGGAGAAAGAAAAUUGCCAUCUACCAGGAAUAAUCGAAAGAGGGGGUCUUAUUGUUCAGUGAAAAUAGUAAGAUGCAACAUGUAUUGACGCCUUAAGGUUCGGCAGCUGGGUCACUUGAUUAGAAAAAAUAAACCAUUGGUUCUUAAAUUGUGACUGUUAAUCUUAAAGCAAAAUAUGUGUUCAAUCAUGUAUGAGAUAGAAAAGAUUUUAUUACUAAAAGUAAAAUAAAUGUAAUUACCACUGACCAGUUGUUUAUACUAUGUAGUACCAUAGUAUUCUGACUGGCCUGUGGAGACGGUGAAAUGUUUUUCAGUCAGGAUCAUCCUCCAAAUAUUCCUGUUCAUUCAUGUCUGCCUCAAAUUGCUGGUAAAUACAUAAAAGAGUUACUUGCUCGUUGUUUCAAUGCACAGUCCUCUUGCCUCCCUUUGUGUGUCAGGGUGGGCGUUACACAAUCUUAUCUUAGCUACAUUUUCAUAGAUCUUCAGGAAACAUCCAUCUGAGACUAGCUUGGCAAUGUGUAAGAGUUGACUGGUAAACACUCUCUUGGAGACUGUGUUGUUCUAUGUUUUGUUCAAAAGCUGAGAGUCCAACAUGAAUGAUUCCGAGUCAGACCAACAAUAUACAGUGUCUUCUCAGCCGUGAAAUGUGAUCAGAGUAAUAAAAAGUGCACCAAGUUCAAGUAGUGUCUUAUGGCUAAAUGAGUCUUAAAUCCAGGCAUCUGCAGGAAAUCCUAGUUGAUGUGUAAGUAUACCACGCAGUUCGGUAAAUGUCAGUGGACUGAUACUUGUUAAUAAACUGGCUUAUGAAUGGA